GUGCUGGACAAGGUCAAGCUCAACCCAUGACGUCCAGAUGCGGUGAGCGCCACUUGUUGUUUAAAGAACUGCAGAACUUUGAAAAGAUUUUAAGCACAGGCUAUGUAGAUAUGAAAUUAAGUAGAAGUUAUUAUAGGCUGAAUAAAGUGCUCCCGCCUUUCUUCUUUUUGUGUGACGGUUUAUUCGUCCGUGGCUCAGCAGCACAGCCCAUUUGAGUUCUCUGUGAAACAGCGUGACGUCAAACAGCAGUCGAGCAACCAACGCAUCCAUCCAGCGUGCCUUUCACCCGGGAUCUGACUGCAAAGCUCAAAGCAAAUGUGCUCAUAAGGAUCUCUUGCUCGCUCUCUGGCAAUUGGAUUUAAUAAAAAAUGGGAUUAUUUGAUGCUCUUAGAGAUUUUAGUUUAUUAACAUGGCUAAGAGAAGAAAGGCAGUCUCGGAGGCUGAUUCUGUUCAUCGUUUUCAUUGCUUUGCUGUUGGACAACAUGCUGUUGACGGUGGUCGUGCCUAUUAUUCCAAGCUACCUGUACACCGUGGAUGACGAGGCUGCUCAGGUGGUCCGGAAUAACUCCAUGUCCCCUCUUUCCCCAUCUGGCACCUUCCAGAGCAUUGUGUCUUUGUACGAUAACACAACACGCCUAACUGGCUUCACCCCGCAGAUGAGCAAUGCUGGCCCAGUGACCCCAGCCCCUACUUUUGGGACACCUCCUCAAAAUCGGUCAGACUGCCCCAAAGCAGAUGACCAGCUUUUGAACGAGAAUGUGAGAGUGGGUCUGUUGUUUGCCUCUAAAGCAACAGUACAGCUAAUCACUAACCCCUUCAUAGGGCCCCUAACUAACAGAAUAGGCUACCAGAUCCCCAUGUUUGCUGGUUUCUGCAUCAUGUUUCUUUCUACCCUCAUGUUUGCAUUUUCCUCGAGCUAUGCGUUGCUGUUUUUGGCCAGAUCUCUACAAGGUGUCGGCUCUUCCUGUUCUUCUGUGGCAGGUAUGGGGAUGCUGGCAAGUGUUUACACCGAUGAUGAGGAAAGAGGAAAUGCUAUAGGGAUUGCUCUAGGAGGACUAGCCAUGGGAGUUUUGGUUGGCCCUCCGUUUGGCAGUGUCAUGUAUGAGUUUGUCGGUAAGACGGCUCCUUUCCUUAUCCUGGCAGUGCUGGCGGUGCUCGAUGGAGCUCUGCAGCUAUUUGUGCUUCAACCUUCGAAAGUUGAACCAGAGAACCAAAAAGGAACUGCACUAUUUACCCUCAUGAAGGAUCCCUACAUCCUCAUCGCAGCAGGUUCCAUUUGUUUUGCUAACAUGGCCAUUGCUAUGCUGGAGCCGGCUCUGCCCAUCUGGAUGAUGGAGACGAUGUGUCCUAGGAAAUGGCAGCUAGGGGUUGCAUUCGUGCCAGCCAGCAUCUCAUAUCUAAUAGGGACCAACAUCUUCGCCGUUUUGGCUCACAAAAUGGGGAGAUGGCUGUGCUCACUUAUAGGGAUGCUGCUGGUUGGAGUCAGUAUUCUCUGUGUGCCUUUUGCAAAAGACAUAUAUGGACUCAUUGUGCCUAACUUUGGAGUUGGAUUCGCAAUAGGUAUGGUGGACUCUUCGAUGAUGCCUAUCAUGGGUUACCUUGUGGAUCUGAGGCACGUGUCUGUGUACGGUAGUGUCUACGCCAUUGCUGAUGUUGCCUUCUGCAUGGGGUUCGCUUUAGGUCCAUCCGCUGGCGGAGCGAUUGCGCGGAGCAUCGGCUUCCCCUGGCUCAUGACCAUCAUUGGUGUUAUAGACAUCCUGUUUGCUCCUCUCUGUUACUUCCUGCGAAAUCCUCCUGCCAAUGAGGAAAAGAUGGCCAUUCUAAUGGACUCUAACUGCUCAAUGAAGACCCGUUCCUACUCCACCCAGGGCUCCAGCUACCAAAUGGGCGACGAUUUUGAUCCUGAGAGCCCUGAAUAGGCCUCAUCAGUUCAAAGCCCUCAGCCAUGUAUGUCACCCAGAGUAUCUAUUUUGUUGUAUGAAAGAGGAAAACAAAUGACUUUAAAGAAAACCACAAUGCUGAUUUGUAAGAAUGUCCCAUAUCUGUCCCAUGCUGUCCUGUGGUUGUGAUGGUCAUGUUAUUCUGAAGCAAACCAAAGUUGUUCUUGUCGCUGUUUGUUCUCAAUGUGGGAGAGGUGAAAUAUCUAACCAACAGCCUUAUUGAAAUGGAUAACACUUGUAUUCGACUCAAAAACCGAUUUGAGAGAGGAGGACAAAGGGAAAUAUUAACUGUACUUUUAUUCAACACAACAAUGGUCAUUUUUUCCCAAUUCAAAAGUCUGAAAAGGCAGUUGAGAAGAUAAAUGAUGAAAGAUUCAUUCAGUGUAACUUAAUGGACAGAUAUGUACUGGAUAUUAAUUGUUUGCCUGUGGUGGUAGGAAAGUGUGGUCUUCAUAUCUAUUGGUCCUGUUGAAGUCUUUUCAUAGGCGUAAACGUUAGUGAAGGUGCGUUUGAGUCAGAUAAACCUUGAAAUGGGCCUUAAAAUGUUGCCAUUCAUAUCAUAAUCAGUUCACAUAUAUUAUAGAGAACAGCUACAGGACAUGAUAGGCCAAUUAAAACCGGGCCAAUUUAAUUUUUACGUUUGGUAUCGAUUGAAUCUGGUACAUUCUUUGAUUGCAUUGCUGUUGUUUUCAUUUAGAUGUUUGAGAGGCCAAACUGAGAUUUUACUGUUAUCUUGCAUUUGAGUGAACGUAAGUUUAACACAUUUAAAAAUACACGCAGGCCUUUCAUUUUUGUGAAAAAGCAAAAGGUCUGACAGCAUUAGAUAAUCAAGCAGAAUGUCAACCAGUCCUACUGUCACAUUCUGUUUGUGUGACUUGCGUGAUGUCUGCUGAAAAUUAUACUGUACUAUCAAAGAUUUGCCACAGUUACAUUUUUAUUACACAUGGUGACAAGCUGUUUCAUUUUAGUUUAAUAAAGAAAAGUAGAUUAUUGCUGUAAAGCAUCCAGGUACUUUAUGUACUUUCGAUUAUAUUUUGCUUUUAAAGUGUAUAUAGUAUAUAUGUAUAUUUAUAUAUUUUAGUAAGUCCUUUGAAUGUGCUGGAUUGCUAAUACGGUCAUUUGUAAUGAAUGCCUCAAUAUUG